AUGGGAUCCCACAGUAACGAGUGGGACAUCAGUGAAGGGGACCACCAUGAUGGUCAGACGUCAUUAGGACUUGACGUAAUCCAUCAAUUAACAAAAGAAGGUACCUCAUCCCUGUAUGUCACCAUAACUCUACAGAAUGGUACAACGCUGUAUGAAAUGUAUGAUAGAUUCUCUGUAUCCGUUGAAACAGGAAAAUAUCAACUCCUUCUUACAGGACCUGCCACGGGGACCUUAGGAGACAGCAUGAGAAACCGCCAUGAUCUGUCUGGGAUGUACUUCUCAACCCCAGACAGGGAUAAUGACAAAAAUAAUGAUCACUGUGCUGCUACCCAUGACCGUAGAGGAGGCUGGUGGUUUAACGCUUGUCACUACGUCUUCCUUAACGGUCCCUGGAACCCGGAAAACGGCCGCUGGUCCGCUCCUUGGUCUCCCACAGUACGGAGUGGAACAUCAGUAACGGGCACCAAGAUGAUGAUAAAACGUCACUAG